UCAUGGUCUCUACGAUAGGUACAUUUCCCUACGAAGUCAAAGAUGAUCAUUUCUACUUUGCAUUUAUAAAACACAGUUUCUUCGCGUGUGGAUCAAUAUAUGUGGAUGAAUUCAUCUGAAAAUCUGUCGUCAACUCAACUUCGCCCGUUGUACUGUCCGUUGCAUUAGAUUGUGCCCCCGGGAUCCCUUUUUGAAGGGGGAAUUGUGCCUUGAUCCUUCGCUGCUACCUUUCUAACGGGAUUCAUUUUGCCCCGGCUGUAUGAUAACCACAGCAUGGAAUGAGGCUGGAUAUUUGAAUUGAUUGAAACAGCGAAUUGCACUGUACUGCAGUAGAGAUGACAAGAACAUAGGAGGAAUUGAACAAACAUUUAAGGUGUGGUAGCUGUGGUCUCCCAGGAUGCCGUUGGUGAAGAGGAGUAUCGAGCCCAGGCACCUGUGCCACACAGUGCUGCCGCGGGCCAUUAAGAAUGAGCUGGAGUGUGUGACCAAUGUGUCCCUAGCUAACGUCAUACGACAGCUCAGCAGCCUCAGUAAGUAUGCAGAGGACCUGUUUGGGGAGCUAUUCAACGAGGCCCACUCCUUCUCCUUCCGGGUCAACUCCCUGCAGGAGCGCGUGGACCGCCUCUCUAUCAGCGUCACACAGCUAGAUCCUAAAGAGGAGGAGCUAUCUCUCCAGGACAUCACUAUGAGGAAGGCGUUUAGGAGCUCCACCAUCCAGGACCAGCAGCUGUUUGCCCGCCAGUCGCUGCCCAUCCCCCUGCAAGAGAGCUUUGACCUCUGCGAGCAGCCGCCACCCCUCAACAUCCUCACACCCUACAGGGAUGAUGGGAAGGAGGGGCUGAAGUUCUACACCAACCCCUCCUACUUCUUUGACCUGUGGAGAGAGAAGAUGCUGCAGGACACAGAGGACAAGAGGAAGGAGAAGAGGAAACAGAAGUUGCAGGACCCCCACCUGUAUGAUCAGGUCUAUAGGUACUUAGACCUCCCAGGACAGGUUAGGGGAAACGACCGUACUCUGGAGACUGAGAAGAUCCCGCGGGCGCCUCACGACCGCAAGAAGGAGUGGCAGAAACUGGCGCUCGGGGCGGAGCUAGCUGAGGACGACCCUGAAGAGGCCCUGAAACACAGAGAGCCUAAUGGCUCCGCUCCCUACCACGACAGGUCUGGAGCUCCUAGUUACUUGGAUGGGAUGGACGGGCCAUUCUCCCUAGCAGCGCUGCCCUACAGCCAGAUGAAUGAGCUGCUGAACCGCCCUGGGGACAGAAUGUACACACGACCCCAUGACCCCCCACCACCACCCCCUAUGCACCAUCUGGGAGACAUCAAACCCCCCUCCAUGAUCAGCUCCAGUUCAGGUUUUUCAGACAGCAGACCCCAAUCUCCAGCACAGACUCAUGGCUUCAACUCCAACACACCUCCCCCUCCGCCACCCCCCUUGCCCCCUCCACCUCCUCCCUUGCCUUCCAUGUCUGGUUUUGGCCCUCGGGGCACCCCUCCUCCUCCUAUUCCUCCUCUACCCAUCCAGCAGCAGCCCCCGGCCAUCCCCCCUCCCCCUGCCCCUCUCCAGAUCGCCCCUGGCGUCCUCCACCCAGCCCCUCCCCCAGUGGCACCUCCCCUCCACAUCUCCUCCCCAGCCCGUCUCCAGCAGGUCCUGGACAGGGGCCCGACCCCUGGCCAAUCAGAUGGCACCGUGCUGCCUCCUCCGCCCCCUCCCCCACCCCUCCCAGGAUUACGGAGCUCCUCCCCCUGCCCGCCGGGCCCACCCCCCGUGCCUUCCUUCCUGUCAGGUGCCAUGGCGUCCCCGCUCUCUCACUCCAGUGGGAAGAAACACUCCGCCAACCUGCCGCCCAUCAGCGAUGCACGCAGUGUCCUAUUGGAGGCCAUCCGCAAAGGUAUCCAGCUCCGGAAGGUGGAGGAGCAAAGAGAGCAGGAGGCAGCCAAACACGAGCGUGUUGGGAACGACGUGGCCACCAUCCUGUCCCGACGCAUUGCCGUCGAGUACUCCGACUCAGAGGACGAGUCCGAGUUCGACGAGGGAGACUGGAUGGAGUGAAUGAGAUGGAGGGAGGGGAAAAGAAAAGAGAGGGGGACAAAAGGCAAAACUGUCACCCAACUGUACGCCCUUUAGAGAUCAGAAUCCAUCCUUACAACCACUAUCCUCUGUCAGUCCUGUUUUACCCCCUCACCUGUCAUCCUCUACACCUCUCUCUCUCUCCCCCUCUUUCUCACUCCCCAUUCUUUCUAUCCUCUCUCCCCCUAUUUUUCCUCCAUCUCUCUCUUUUUCUCUCUCUACACCUCCAUCUCUUUCUCUCCCUCUCUACCUCUCCCUAUUUCUCUCUCCUCCCCCUCUCUCUCUAUUCUCUCCCUUUCGCUCCCUCUUACAUCUCCCUUUCACUUUCUCUCUCUCCCUCUGUCCCUCUUGUUCUCUGUCAUAUACUGUUCUUGGUGUGUUUGUAGGAAAAUAUCAAUUUCAGUUGUUUGUUCCCCAUGUUCUGGUCGGGAAAUGUUUUUGUACUCAUUUUCUACACUACGACACAUUGUUCAGUGGUUCAUGUUAUUUUCCUUCUUUAUCCUCCAAUUGUAUGAAAUCCUCCUCAUGUACAGUUGUUUAAAAAAUGAACGUUAACCAAACAGUUUUUUUUGUUUCUGAUAACCUUUUAAAGAAAAGCUAUUAACAACCACACAUUCCCCCCCCCCCCUUUGUUUCUUGCUGUUGAGUGUCAACGUGACGAGGUGGCCUGAGUCUUCUGUCCUUAGUUCUGAUACUAUCCUGCCACCUGGUGGGCCAAAGUGUAGGUGAAUUGAUUCUGUAUUUUAUUAUCUCUAUUUUGAGUUUCUUUUCUUACAGAAAAACACUUGCCGUUUUUAAAUGGGCCUGUUGUUGCCAAUAUGAACCACUUGAAGGAUGGUAGCCAUCCUGAGUAUCAGUCGGCUGUGGUUGUUUGCUGAGGAGAUUUAUUGGAGUCGUUGUUUGUUUUUAUAUUACCAGGAUUUGACUUAUCACCUCAGAACAAGGGCAUAUUGUGAUGAUGGUCUGAUAUGUUAUCUGAUGAUUGUUGUAUGAUUGUGAUGAUGAAGAUAAAGAAGGAUAAUUGUGAGACAUUAGAAGGAAGUUAUUGAGUGAUCCGAGCUAAUCUAUGUUAAUCGUUCCCUUAUGUCACCCAAGGACAUGUCUGUCAAGUUUAGGCAAAUGUUUUAUUAUCUGAGUAUGUGUGUCCUCAAAGAGCCACCGUAAUGUAUCUUGGCAGCAAGGAAGUGUCAUGAAGUUUGGAGCCAUAUGGUAUACUAUACUAGACUAGUGUCUGACCAACAGGAACCACUUUACAGUAGUGUCUGACCAACAGGAACCACUUUACAGUGGUGUCUGACCAAUAAGAACAUCUUUAUUGUAGUGCUGACCAACAGGAACCACUUUACAGUAGUGUCUGACCAACAGGAACCACUUUACAGUAGUGUCUGACCAAUAAGAACAUCUUUAUUGUAGUGCUGACCAACAGGAACCACUUUACAGUAGUGUCUGACCAACAGGAACCACUUUACAGUAGUGUCUGACCAAUAAGAACCUCUUUAUUGUAGUGCUGACCAACAGGAACCACUUUACAGUAGUGUCUGACCAACAGGAACCACUUUACAGUAGUGUCUGACCAAUAAGAACAUCUUUAUUGUAGUGCUGACCAACAGGAACCACUUUACAGUAGUGUCUGACCAACAGGAACCACUUUACAGUAGUGUCUGACCAAUAAGAACCUCUUUAUUGUAGUGCUGACCAACAGGAACCACUUUACAGUAGUGUCUGACCAACAGGAACCACUUUACAGUAGUGUCUGACCAAUAAGAACAUCUUUAUUGUAGUGCUGACCAACAGGAACCACUUUACAGUAGUGUCUGACCAACAGGAACCACUUUACAGUAGUGUCUGACCAAUAAGAACAUCUUUAUUGUAGUGCUGACCAACAGGAACCACUUUACAGUAGUGUCUGACCAAUAAGAACCUCUUUAUUGUAGUGCUGACCAACAGGAACCACUUUACAGUAGUGUCUGCCCAAUAAGAACCUCUUUAUUGUAGUGCUGACCAACAGGAACCACUUUACAGUGGUGUCUGACCAAUAAGAACCUCUUUAUUGUAGUGUCUGACCAACAGGAACCACUUUACAGUGGUGUCUGACCAAUAAGAACCUCUUUAUUGUAGUGUCUGACCAACAGGAACCACUUUACAGUGGUGUCUGACCAAUAAGAACAUCUUUAUUGUAGUGUCUGACCAACAGGAACCACUUUACAGUGGUGUCUGACCAAUAAGAACCUCUUUAUUGUAGUGCUGACCAACAGGAACCACUUUACAGUAGUGUCUGACCAAUAAGAACCACUUUACAGUAGUGCUGACCAAUAAGAACCUCUUUAUUGUAGUGCUGACCAACAGGAACCACUUUACAGUAGUGUCUGACCAAUAAGAACCUCUUUAUUGUAGUGUCUGACCAACAGGAACCACUUUACAGUGGUGUCUGACCAAUAAGAACAUCUUUAUUGUAGUGUCUGACCAACAGGAACCACUUUACAGUGGUGUCUGACCAAUAAGAACCUCUUUAUUGUAGUGCUGACCAACAGGAACCACUUUACAGUAGUGUCUGACCAAUAAGAACCACUUUACAGUAGUGCUGACCAAUAAGAACCUCUUUAUUGUAGUGCUGACCAACAGGAACCACUUUACAGUAGUGUCUGACAAACAGGAACCACUUUACAGUGGUGUCGGACCAAUAAGAACAUCUUUAUUGUAGUGUCUGACCAACAGGAACCACUUUACAGUGGUGUCUGACCAAUAAGAACCUCUUUAUUGUAGUGCUGACCAACAGGAACCACUUUACAGUAGUGUCUGACCAAUAAGAACCACUUUACAGUAGUGCUGACCAACAGGAACCACUUUACAGUAGUGUCUGACCAAUAAGAACCUCUUUAUUGUAGUGCUGACCAACAGGAACCACUUUACAGUAGUGUCUGCCCAAUAAGAACCACUUUACAGAAUGGAUAUCAAAGGCAGCUUAUUUCCCAGGGUCCCCCACUCUGUGUCUGCUGACUAACAAGAAGCCUUACCUCGUUCGACUCUAGAACACUAACAGUUACUAUGAAGAAUAUAGAUAAAUGAACAGCAUGGGUCUACCUGUGUUUCUGCUGCCCAAGGGGGCGGGACUCUGGAGAGAAAGAAUGAUUUAUCUGCCUUCACUGCCCCCUUUGAAGAAGAUGAUGUCUGCCGUCCUUUUCUUUCUCUCUUCCUUCUUUCUCUCUUUCUACUUUCUCUCUCUUCAACUUGCCUUAUUGUUUGUACAGACAUAUUGUUGAGUUCAUGAAUGUAUCGUGCCGUUACUACUUUUUGCCUGCACUCGUAUGGAUUAGCUGUUUCUAUGUUUGGGGACGGGGAAACCGAACCCUGGGUUCAAAAAAUAUCAAACCGUGUAACAUGUAACUUAUGUAAUUGUAACAGUUUGCUUGAAUGAAUAAAAGCUAAUGUUAUGUUUCA